UGUCCCACAGCUCUGCCACCAUCUUUCCUCCAUCUGGGCAUCCGGGUGAGACGACCGCUCACAGCUUCUGCCUGCACAGCUGCUUCCUGCAAAGCUUCAGACGGCGGCAUUCAGAGGAGAAAACCUCUAUAGUCCUGCAAAAUCAACCGCUAAUUUCUGCAUCCAUCUUCCUGGACUUCAGAAGAAGUGGUGAAUCAGAGGGAUUACUUCCAUUUUCAGACUCAUCACAAAACUAAAAGGUCAAGAUGAAAUCCAUCGAGCAGAACGCUACAGCAAAGCAAAAUGGAUGUGAAGUCCAUGAACCUGUGGCAGGCAUAUUUCUGGAGAAGACAGGAGAGAAGAUCACAAUUUAUCAGGCAAUGAAACAACGUUUGCUUAAACCAGGGACUGCAUUAGCUCUACUUGAAGCACAAGUUGCCACAGUGGGUAUUAUAGAUCCGAUUGGCAAUCGAAUACUUCCUGUUGCAGAUGCUGUUAAAGAGGGUGUUGUUGGUUCAGAAAUGAGGGAGAAACUCCUUUCUGCAGAGAAAGCCAUUAGUGGGUAUAUAGACCCUUACACUAAUCAGAUGAUAUCAGUGUACCAGGCUAUGCAAAAAGAUGUAGUCCCCAGAGAUUAUGGAUUGAGGCUACUGGAAGCACAGAUAGCCACCAAGGGUAUCUUUGACCCUGUGGAGAAGACAACCCUUUCAGUUGAUGAUGCAAUUCGAAAGGGUCUUUAUGAAAAGUCUUUGAUCAGUGACCAGAUGUCAGAGCUGAGAGUCUUCUACAAUCCAAGCACACAAGAAAAUCUUAACUACCGAGGCCUUCUGGAAAGAUGCACUGUGGAGUCUGACACUGGCUUAACGCUUCUUCCUGUCUGCAUUGCCUUCAAAGGUCUGCGAAAAGGCAUUUCCUCAAGUGAACUAUUAGCGUCAAAAAUCAUUGAUCAGAAAACCUAUGAAGACUUGAAAACCGGAAAAACCACCACGCAAGAUGUGAUGUUGAUGGAAACUGUGAAAGAAUACCUGGAAGGUAAAGGCAGUAUAGCAGGAAUUGCUGAUCUUUCAAAUGGUCAGAGAAUGAGCAUAUAUCAAGCCAUGAAGCAAGGGAUACUGAUGCCAGGUACAGCUCUUGUUUUGCUGGAAGCACAAGCAGCAACUGGGUUUAUGAUCGAUCCUGUAGAAAACAAAAAGUACACUGUAGAUGAAGCUAUUAAGCACAAACUUGUUGGCCCUGAAUACCAUUUGAAGCUUCGUUCUGCUGAACGAGCGGUAACCGGAUACAAAGAUCCAUAUUCAGGAGACACUGUAUCCUUGUUUCAAGCAAUGUCAAAAGAUCUCAUCGUCAAGGAACAUGGAAUUCGACUUCUGGAGGCACAAAUUGCGACAGGUGGGAUAAUUGAUCCAAUCAACAGCCACAGGCUUCCCACACAAGUGGCCUUCAAGAGAGGCUUUUUUGAUGCAGAAAUGAAUGAGAUACUAGAAGAUGAAGGAGACGACACAAAAGGAUUUUUUGAUCCAAACACAGAAGAGAAUUUAACAUACCUCCAGCUGAUCGAAAGGUGCGUUAUCGAUCCCGUCACCGGAUUGUGCCUUCUUCCUCUACAUGAUAAGACAGGGAAAUUUAAUUCUAGCUUUAUAGAUUACAUAACAAAAACAGUCUUCAAAACGGAGAAGGUCAAAGUGGCAUGUGGGAAGUACAUGGGAAUGGAGGUAUCUUUGUGGGAACUACUGAUGUCAGAGUAUUUUGAUGAACAGCAGAGGACAGAUAUAUUUCUGAAAUACAGGGAAGGAAAGGUAAAUAUUGAGACUAUCAAAAAAAUAGUUUUGCAAACCAUAGAGACAUCUGUAAAAUCAACAAAAACUGUCUUUGGGGGCAUCAGGGAAUCUGUCACAGCCAAGCAGCUUGUUGAAGCAGAAAUUAUCAGCAAGGAUGUGCUGGAGGAUCUGGAAAAGGGAAGAAAGUCGGUAAAAGAUGUAAUGGAAGAUGAAAAUAUAAAUGUGUACUUACAGGGAAAAGACAGCAUUGCAGGUAUUCUGCUUCCAGAUUCCCAAAUUAUGACUAUCUACCAAGCAAGACAAAAAGGAAAGCUAAUGCCAGGAACGGCUCUGAUUCUACUGGAGGCACAGGCAGCAACUGGCUUCAUUAUUGACCCUAUUGGUAACAGGAAGUUUUCUGUGGAUGAUGCUGUCAAAGCUAAGGUUGUGGGACCAGAUGUUUGUCACAAGUUGCGGUCAGCAGAGAGAGCAGUGACUGGCUAUAAAGAUCCACAUGAUGGAAAAAUAAUUUCCCUGUUCCAAGCAAUGCAGAAGGACCUGAUCGUGAAAGACCAUGGGAUUCGACUUCUAGAGGCACAGAUUGCCACUGGUGGUAUCAUUGACCCAGUAAACAGCCACCGAAUCCCUGUGCACGUAGCCUAUAAGAGAGGGUACUUCAGUGAGGAGAUGAAUCAGAUUUUGAGUGAUCCAAGUGAUGACACCAAAGGUUUCUUUGAUCCAAAUACACAUGAGAACCUGACGUACUUGCAGCUAAUGGCCAGAUGUGUCAAAGAUCCCAGUACAGGCUUGUGCCUUUUACCUCUGAAAGGCAAAGGGAGAAAAAUAAAUAUUGAUGACAAGAUGAGAGAGGCUUUUCAAAGAACGACAAUCAAUGUCAAGUAUGGCAGAUUCAAGGGCAGCACAACUCUGUGGGAAGCAAUUAAUUCAGAAUAUCUGUCUGAGGACAGACGACAGGAGUAUUUCAAACUUUACAAAUCCAGGAAAAUCACCAUAGAGCAACUAACACUUAUUAUCAUAGAGAUAAUUGAGAGUAAGGAGAUAAAGCAGCAAGAAGAGCUCAACUUCAGAAGUCUCCGAGGAGAGGUCUCUGUUGUGGAUCUUUUGGAUCUUGAAAUUGUGGAUGAUAAAACAUACCACAAUUUAAUUGAUGGAAAGAUGUCAAGUAGUGAUUUAAUGAAGAUGGAAAGUGUCCGAGCUUACCUGCAGGGCACAAGUUGUGUAGCAGGUUUGAUACUGCAACCCUCCAAUCAAAAGCUAAGCAUCUAUGAGGCACAGAAAAUGGGUAUCCUCACCCCAGGCACUGCCCUAUGUCUCCUUGAAGCACAGGCAGCUACAGGAUUUAUUGUAGAUCCUCUUAAAAACCAGAAACUUACAGUGGAAGAAGCACUGAAAGAAAUGGUCAUUAGUCCACAAACAUACGAAAAGCUGUUGUCAGCAGAGAGGGCUGUCACUGGGUAUAAAGAUCCUUACACAGGUCAAAAGAUCUCCCUAUUCCAAGCCCUAAAAAAGGAUCUUAUUGUCAAGCAGCAUGGCAUUCGUUUACUCGAGGCUCAAAUUGCCACUGGCGGCAUUAUUGAUCCAUUGAAAUGCCUUCAUUUACCUCUAGAAGUUGCAUACAGGAAAGGUUAUUUUGAUGCAGAACUUAAUCAAAUCUUAACAGACCCCACUGAUGACACAAAGGGCUUUUUUGACCCAAAGACACAAGAAAACCUGACAUACAUGGAAAUGUUGAGUAGAUGUGUGAAAGAUAAAGAAACUGGACUCCUUCUCCUGCCACUGAACGACACACCAAAGACUACGAAAAAAACAGAAAAAACCUACACGGAAAUGGAAAUAAGGCAAGAGUUUGAAAAGAAAUUUGUCACUGUAAGUGUGGGACGGUUUUCAGGAAAAUCUGUUUCUCUCUGGGACCUGAUUCACUCUUGUUAUUUUACUGAAGAACAGCAGCUGGAAAUGAUUGAAAAAGCAAAAUUGAGGCAGAUGACCACCCAAAAUAUAAUUACAUUAGUGCUCUCUGCAAUCGACAAACUGGAGAACGAAACCCUGAAAGUGACAACGGGACUGAGAAAAGAGGUCUCUGCACAGCAACUUCUCAAUUCUGAUAUAAUUGACUCAGCCAUAUUCAAACAGGUUAAGGAAGGAAAACUGGACUUUAAAGAAGUAUGCCAAAAGGAAUCCGUUGCAAAAUACCUUAGGGGAACCGAAAGCAUUGCUGGCAUCAAAAUUUAUCCAACUCAGAAUGUAAUGAGCAUAUCUAAAGCAAAACAUGAAGAUCUUUUGACACCUGGCAUUGCAUUGGUACUGCUCAAAGCACAGUCUGCAACAGGAUGGGUGAUUGAUCCUGUGAACAACAAGUUCUAUUCAGUCGAUGAAGCUGCGAAAGAGAAUGUAAUUGGACCAGAUCUCCAUGAGCAGCUUCUUUCAGCUGAGCGUGCUGUCACUGGCUAUAAAGAUCCUUACACAGAUGGCACUAUAAGCCUAUUUGAGGCAAUGAAAGAAAGACUGAUUGAAAGAAGGGAAGGUCUCCUUCUUCUUGAUGCACAAAUCGCUACUGGAGGAAUAAUCGACCCAAAUCAAAGCCACAGAAUACCUUCUCAUAUAGCUAUAAAAAAGGGAUACCUUGAUGAAGAAACUCACAAACUUUUGUUAAGCCCAAGUGAUGAUGCAAAGGGCUUCUUUGACCCUAAUACCAAUGAAAAUCUAUCAUAUCUUCAGCUAAUGAGUCGAUGUGAGCGAGAUUCCAAAACUGGGCUGCUUCUUCUGCCACUGCAUAAAGAAGAGUCCAGGGUGUUUCACACAGAUGAGCAGGUGGAGCUUGCCUUUAAAAACAAGAGUAUUUCCCUAAAUGUAGGAAAAUUCAAGAACAAAGAAGUAACAGUGUGGGAGUUGUUGCUUUCUGAAUACAUCACAAAAGAAAAGAGGGAACAGCUGAUACAACAGUACAAAACAGGAGUUCUGAAAAUAGAGGAAAUAAUUGAAAUCCUCACAGUAAUUAUUACAGAGCUAUCAUCCAAACAAAGAAAGGAUCACAGUUUCUCUGGCAUAAGAAAGGAUGUAACAGUAUCUGAGCUGGUUGAAUCGAACAUUAUUGAUGAAAAACUUUACAAGGAAAUUACUUCUGGAAAUGUCACGGUGGCUGAAGUUAGUGAAAUGGACUCGGUACGUAAGUACCUUGAGGGAACCAACAGCAUUGCAGGAGUAUACAUUCAGUCCACAAAGGAGACACUGAGCAUAUAUGAAGCCAAAAGUAAAGGUCUACUGACUCCUGGUACCUCCCUGGUUCUGUUGGAGGCCCAGGCUGCCACUGGCUUCGUCAUUGACCCAGUAAACAACAAGAAACUUUCUGUGGAAGAAGCUGUAGCUCAAAGUGUGGUGGGCAAAGAAUGGAAGGACAAACUGCUUUCAGCAGAAAGAGCAGUUACAGGAUACAAAGACCCCUACACCGGGAACACAAUAUCCUUGUUCCAGGCCUUGCAGAAAGAUCUGAUUGUCAAAGAUCACGGAAUCCGUCUCCUUGAAGCACAAAUUGCAACAGGAGGAAUAAUUGAUCCAGUCCACAGUCACAGAGUGCCAGUACAGGUAGCAUACCAAAGAGGUUACUUUGAUGAAGAAAUGAACAGGAUAUUAUCUGAUGCUGAUGAUGACACCAAGGGUUUCUUUGACCCCAACACUAAGGAGAAUCUCACCUACCUACAGCUGAUUGAAAGAUGCAUUAUAGAUCCUGUCACAGGUCUAAGUCUGCUGGUCAUUGUCAAGAAAGGAGAGUUCUACUUCUACGUUGAUGAGGCCACAAAGCUCAUUCUCAAGUCUACAACAACAACCAAAGCUGGCGGGAAAUACAAAGGGAUCACAGUUUCUCUGUGGGACUUGCUAUACUCCAAAUACAUCACAGAAGAAAAGAGGAGGGACCUUGUCCAACAGUUCAAAGCUGGAACAAUCACCAUUGAACGCUUUUUAGAAAUCAUCUUGACAAUCAUUCAGCAGCAGACCACAACAUCCACGCAAACCAUCACCACAACAAUCACAGAGACCACUGAAGACAAAACAUUAAAGGGCAUAAGAAAGGAUGUAACAGUAUCUGAGCUGGUUAAAUCAAAGAUUAUUGAUGAAAAACUUUACAAGGAAAUUACUUCUGGAAAUGUCACAGUGGCUGAAGUUAGUGAAAUGGACUCGGUACGUAAGUACCUUGAGGGAACCAACAGCAUUGCAGGAGUAUACAUUCAGUCCACAAAGGAGACACUGAGCAUCUAUGAAGCCAAAAGUAAAGGUCUACUGACUCCUGGUACCUCCCUGGUUCUGUUGGAGGCCCAAGCUGCCACUGGCUUCGUCAUUGACCCAGUAAACAACAAGAAACUUUCUGUGGAAGAAGCUGUAGCUCAAAGUGUGGUGGGCAAAGAAUGGAAGGACAAACUGCUUUCAGCAGAAAGAGCAGUUACAGGAUACAAAGACCCCUACACCGGGAACACAAUAUCCUUGUUCCAGGCCUUGCAGAAAGAUCUGAUUGUCAAAGAUCACGGAAUCCGUCUCCUUGAAGCACAAAUUGCAACAGGAGGAAUAAUUGAUCCAGUCCACAGUCACAGAGUGCCAGUACAGGUGGCAUACCAAAGAGGUUACUUUGAUGAAGAAAUGAACCAGAUUUUAUCCGACUCAGGUGAUGACACCAAGGGUUUCUUUGACCCCAACACUAAGGAGAAUCUCACCUACCUACAGCUGAUUGAAAGAUGCAUUAUAGAUCCUGUCACAGGUCUCAGCCUGUUGGUCAUUACCACUGAAGACAAAACAUUAAAGGGCAUAAGAAAGGAUGUAACAGUAUCUGAGCUGGUUAAAUCAAAGAUUAUUGAUGAAAAACUUUACAAGGAAAUUACUUCUGGAAAUGUCACAGUGGCUGAAGUUAGUGAAAUGGAAUCGGUACGUAAGUACCUUGAGGGAACCAACAGCAUUGCAGGAGUAUACAUUCAGUCCACAAAGGAGACACUGAGCAUCUAUGAAGCCAAAAGUAAAGGUCUACUGACUCCUGGUACCUCCCUGGUUCUGUUGGAGGCCCAAGCUGCCACUGGCUUCGUCAUUGACCCAGUAAACAACAAGAAACUUUCUGUGGAAGAAGCUGUAGCUCAAAGUGUGGUGGGCAAAGAAUGGAAGGACAAACUUCUUUCAGCAGAAAGAGCAGUUACAGGAUACAAAGACCCCUACACCGGGAACACAAUAUCCUUGUUCCAGGCCUUGCAGAAAGAUCUGAUUGUCAAAGAUCACGGAAUCCGUCUCCUUGAAGCACAAAUUGCAACAGGAGGAAUAAUUGAUCCAGUCCACAGUCACAGAGUGCCAGUACAGGUAGCAUACCAAAGAGGUUAUUUUGAUGAAGAAAUGAACAGGAUUUUAUCCGACUCAGGUGAUGACACCAAGGGUUUCUUUGACCCCAACACUAAGGAGAAUCUCACCUACCUACAGCUGAUUGAAAGAUGCAUUAUAGAUCCUGUCACAGGUCUCAGCCUGUUGGUCAUUGUCAAGAAAGGAGAAUUCUACUUCUACGUUGAUGAGGCCACAAAGCUCAUUCUCAAGUCUACAACAACAACCAAAGCUGGCGGGAAAUACAAAGGGAUCACAGUUUCUCUGUGGGACUUGCUAUACUCUAAAUACAUCACAGAAGAAAAGAGGAGGGACCUUGUCCAACAGUUCAAAGCUGGAACAAUCACCAUUGAACGCUUUUUAGAAAUCAUUUUGACUAUCAUUCAGCAGCAGACCACAAAAUCCACGCAAACCAUCACCACAACAAUCACAGAGACCACUGAAGAAAAAACAUUUAAGGGCAUAAGAAAAGAUGUAACAGUAUCUGAGCUGGUUGAAUCGAAGAUUAUUGAUGAAAAACUUUACAAGGAAAUUACUUCUGGAAAUGUCACAGUGGCUGAAGUUAGUGAAAUGGCCUCGGUACGCAAGUACCUUGAGGGAACCAACAGCAUUGCAGGAGUAUACAUUCAGUCCACAAAGGAGACACUGAGCAUCUAUGAAGCCAAAAGUAGAGGUCUACUGACUCCUGGUACCUCCCUGGUUCUGUUGGAGGCCCAGGCUGCCACUGGCUUCGUCAUUGACCCAGUAAACAACAAGAAACUUUCUGUGGAAGAAGCUGUAGUGCAAAAAGUGGUGGGCAAAGGAUGGAAGGACAAACUGCUUUCAGCAGAAAGAGCGGUUACAGGAUACAAAGACCCCUACACUGGGAACACAAUAUCCUUGUUUCAGGCCUUGCAGAAAGAUCUGAUUGUCAAAGAUCACGGAAUCCGUCUCCUUGAAGCACAAAUUGCAACAGGAGGAAUAAUUGAUCCAGUCCACAGUCACAGAGUGCCAGUACAGGUAGCAUACCAAAGAGGUUACUUUGAUGAAGAAAUGAACAGGAUUUUAUCCGACUCAGGUGAUGACACCAAGGGGUUCUUUGACCCCAACACUAAGGAGAAUCUCACCUACCUACAGCUGAUUGAAAGAUGCAUUAUAGAUCCUGUCACAGGUCUCAGUCUGCUGUCAUUGAAAAAAUAAAAUCAAUUAAUGGGAUCAGUAUUAAUGGCUAGAAUUUGUUUACCAUCUAACUGUAAUAAUGCGGUAAACAAAGCAUGUUUUUGCUCGACCUGCAGUACAUACAGCCCUUACACUCUACAAGGGGGGAGUUCUUGUUUUUCAUAAAUCACAACUAAAUCGAAGAUGUAAAUUUUUUUCUGUCGAUAAUACAGCUUUUUAGUUAAUUAUGAGAAUUGAAAGGUUAAAAAAUCUUGAAAAGAAAUUAAAUUCUUGUCUUAUGGCAUGGAGAUGUUUUUUUUUAUUUUAAAUAUAUUUUCCUUUUAAUCUGCUGUUUGUUUCAAACCAAACUUGUUUGCUUUUUCUAUUUUGGGAUGUAGUCUAAACAAGAAAUCCCUUUUCAUUUUCUCUUAUUCACAAGCUUAAAUAAACUGCUGUAACAUACAUUUUCUCAUGUUUUCUUUUUUAUUUUUCUUUCCCUCAAGAAAUAAACUUUUUAUCCUUAGCAUUUAGUGCUUGCAUGGUUUUUACGUUAGCCCUCUGAGAAACAUCUUUCAACAGUAAAGUAUAUGCAUACAGUCUGUAAUAAAGGAGGAAAUAAAAGUCACAGAUUGCUAAGACAAAUGGUUUAUUUGUGCUUUUGAAUUAAACGACUUAUAAAAAACAUGAA